AUGCUAUAAUUAUUGUAACCGGGACAGUUUAAUCUGCAUAUAACUGAUAAAAAUGCAGUCUUUAGUCCAAGAUUAAAUGAUCAUUAUCAUUAACCUUAUGCUUUGAAGCUAAAAAAUAAGGCCAUCUAACAAGAUUCAACCUAGUAUGAAAAAGAUGUUCAAAUAGAUAGUCAUGUUAUAUAAACUAACGAACUUUCUCAAAAUCAACUUUUAAAAUUGAAAAUGUAUGAGUUAGAAAACUUAAGUUUAAAAUAACAAAAUGAAUUGUUGAGUAGAGAAAUAGGACAUAAGCAUAAAGAAAUAACUAAACUAAUAAAAAUUUGCUAAUAUCCUCAUCUACCCCCAGUCAUUAAACCAAAAUAAUUUACAUUUCUUGAUUAAGAAUUUCAAGAAUAUUUGCCUUCUACAAGUGGGCUAUACCAAAAUGGAUAAGAAUCAAAAAGAGCAUAAUCAUACGACUAUUAGAACCAAUCAAGAAAUGAUAGUUAUUCAGACUCAAAUUCUUAUUAGCAUACAAAUAGAAGUUAUAGACCUAGCAGAAUUCAAUCAAGAAAUUCAAAAGAAUUUUAAAAGUAUCAUGAGGAUCCCUCUUAACCCUCAUAAUUAUACUUACCCAAUUUACGGGUAAAGUCCACACCAAGAGAAUAAUAUUAAAUUCUACAUAGAACAAGGAGAUAUCAUCUAAAUGUUUCUCGUUUAAAAGUCCUUUUUAUAUUUAUAUUAGCAUAUACAAGGUGGAGUAAAAAUUAUAAAUAAAAACGAAAUCUAAAACUGUAGCAACUUAAACAAAUUCGAUCAAAAUAUACAAAAUGUCUUGAAACAAUCUCCAAUUAAGAUGUACUGAUCUGCAAAAUCAUUAUCAAAUAAUGGAUAUCCAAUAUUAUAGACCCUUUGAUUAAAUCUUGUUCUUCAAUUUAAUUUAUACAACAGUCCAAUGAAAAUUCAAAAAAUCCAAAUAGUGAAAGCUCUAUAUAGUGCAGAUAGAAUUAAUUGAUGCAAUUAACCAUCUAAGUUAUGAAUAACAUGGAAAAAUUUACAGAAAAGGAUAAAAUUCCAGAAUUAAUUUAAACUUCUCUAUUCUUAUCAUUGUUUAAAAGUUAAAACUUAAAAGCUCCAUUAUUUGUUGCUAAAAGAACUAAAUACUAUGCAAAAAAUACACUUAAGAUUGGAAUCUAUUAAGAAAAAAUGAUUGCAGGGGAAUAUUUCAUUUUUAGAUUAUUUGUAUCUAAUUUAAUUGAAUCAUCCAAUAAUAUGGCUUAUCAAAAUAUCAACCAUAAAAUGUAAUGUAAGUUUAUUAUUCUUGCCAUAAUGGGGAUAUUGUAAAUUUUGUAUGAAGAUUAUUUUUCUGAAUUAAAAUAAUUAGAUUAACCUUCGACUGAACUCUUUUAGAGAAGAAUUAAAAUCAGUAAAUCGUAGGAUAUCAGCAUUAUAACUGAUGAUAAUAUUGAUUAAGAUGAAUCUUUAAUAUUUGGGCUUCAUGGUAGAAAGAAUUUUGAUAAUCUAAUGGAAAAAAACUAGGAAUGGUUAUUAGAUAUAUGUAACAAAUUUGCUAAGAUUUUAAAUAAUCUGCAUUAAAUUUUGUGA